AGUGACGUCAGGACGCCGUGCGGGUUCCGUCCCCCACAAGCCCCGGCCCCCAAGUCCCGCGCGGGCCGGCCAGGGGCGGGGCGUCGGGCCAGCUGAGCUAUCCCGUCAGACCGCGCCAGUUUGAAUGAAAGCUCUACAAGAUGGCGGCGGUCGGGGCCGAGGCGCGAGGAGCUUGGUGUGUGCCUUGCCUAGUUUCACUUGAUACUCUUCAGGAAUUAUGUAGAAAAGAAAAGCUCACAUGUAAAUCGAUUGGAAUCACCAAAAGGAAUCUAAACAAUUAUGAGGUGGAAUACUUGUGUGACUACAAGGUAGUAAAGGAUAUGGAAUAUUAUCUUGUAAAAUGGAAAGGAUGGCCAGAUUCUACAAAUACUUGGGAACCUUUGCAAAAUCUGAAAUGCCCGUUACUGCUUCAGCAAUUCUCUAAUGACAAGCAUAAUUAUUUAUCUCAGGUAAAGAAAGGCAAAGCAAUAACUCCAAAAGACAAUAACAAAACUUUGAAACCUGCCAUUGCUGAGUACAUUGUGAAGAAGGCUAAACAAAGGAUAGCUCUGCAGAGAUGGCAAGAUGAACUCAACAGAAGAAAGAAUCAUAAAGGAAUGAUAUUUGUUGAAAAUACUGUUGAUUUAGAGGGCCCACCUUCAGACUUCUAUUACAUUAACGAAUACAAACCAGCUCCUGGAAUCAGCUUAGUCAAUGAAGCUACCUUUGGUUGUUCAUGCACAGAUUGCUUCUUUCAAAAAUGUUGUCCUGCUGAAGCUGGAGUUCUUUUGGCUUAUAAUAAAAACCAACAAAUUAAAAUCCCACCUGGUACUCCCAUCUAUGAAUGCAACUCAAGGUGUCAGUGUGGUCCUGAUUGUCCCAAUAGGAUUGUACAAAAAGGCACACAGUAUUCGCUUUGCAUCUUUCGAACUAGCAAUGGACGUGGCUGGGGUGUAAAGACCCUUGUGAAGAUUAAAAGAAUGAGUUUUGUCAUGGAAUAUGUUGGAGAGGUAAUCACAAGUGAAGAAGCUGAAAGACGGGGACAGUUCUAUGACAAUAAGGGAAUCACGUAUCUCUUUGAUCUGGACUAUGAAUCUGAUGAAUUCACAGUGGAUGCGGCUCGAUACGGCAAUGUGUCUCAUUUUGUGAAUCACAGCUGUGACCCAAAUCUUCAGGUGUUCAAUGUUUUCAUUGAUAACCUCGAUACUCGUCUUCCCCGAAUAGCAUUGUUUUCCACAAGAACCAUAAAUGCUGGAGAAGAGCUGACUUUUGAUUAUCAAAUGAAAGGUUCUGGAGAUAUAUCUUCAGAUUCUAUUGACCACAGCCCAGCCAAAAAGAGGGUCAGAACAGUAUGUAAAUGUGGAGCUGUGACUUGCAGAGGUUACCUCAACUGAACUUUUUCAGGAAAUAGAGCUGAUGAUUAUAAUAUUUUUUCCUAAUGUUAACAUUUUUAAAAAUACAUAUUUGGGACUCUUAUUAUCAAGGUUCUACCUAUGUUAAUUUACAAUUCGUGUUUCAAGACAUUUGCCAAAUGUAUUACCGAUGCCUCUGAAGAGGGGGUCACUGGGUCUCAUAGACUGAUUUGAAGUCGACAUAUUUAUAGUGCUUAGAGACCAAACUAAUGGAAGGCAGACUAUUUAAAGCUUAGUAUAUGUGUACUUAAGUCUAUGUGAACAGAGAAAUGCCUCCCGUAGUGUUUGAAAGUGUUAAGCUGAUAAUGUAAUUAACGAUUGCUGAGAGAUCAAAGAUUCAACUUGCCAUACACCUCAAAUUCGGAGAAACAGUUAAUUUGGGCAAAUCUACAGUUCUGUUUUUGCUACUCUAUUGUCAUUCCUGUUUAAUACUCACUGUACUUGUAUUUGAGACAAAUAGGUGAUACUGAAUUUUAUACUGUUUUCUACUUUUCCAUUAAAACAUUGGCACCUCAAUGAUAAAGAAAUUUAAGGUAUAAAAUUAAAUGUAAAAAUUAAUUUCAGCUUCAUUUCGUAUUUUGAAGCAAUCUAGACUGUUGUGAUGAGUGUAUGUCUGAACCUGUAAUUCUUAAAAGACUUCUUAAUCUUCUAGAAGAAAAAUCUCCGAAGAGCUCUCUCUAGAAGUCCAAAAUGGCUAGCCAUUAUGCUUCUUUGAAAGGACAGGAUAAUGGGACCAGGAUGGUUUUUUGGAGUACCAAGCAAGGGGAAUGGAGCACUUUAAGGGCACCUCUUAGUAACAUGAAUUGGAAAUCUGUGUCGAGUACCUCUGAUCUAAACAGUAAAACAAGCUGCCUGGAGAGCAGCUGUACCUAACGAUACUGUAAUGUACAUUAACAUUACAGCCUCUCAAUUUCAGGCAGGUGUAACAGUUCCUUUCCACCAGAUUUAAUAUUUUUAUAUUUCCUGCAGGUUCUUCUUAAAAAGUAAUCUAUAUUUUUGAACUGAUACUUGUUUUAUACAUACAUUUUUUUUAGAUGUGAUAAAGCUAAACUUGGCCAAAGUGUGUGCCUGAAUUAUUAGACCUUUUUAUUAGUCAACCUACGAAGACUAAAAUAGAAUAUAUUAGUUUAGGGGGUGGGAGGGUUCCAACAUAGUAUUCAAUCUCAGGAAAAACUAUUCUUUCAUGUCUGAUUCUGAGAUUUCUGAUUGUGUUGUGAAAAUGAUAAAUGCAGCAAAUCUAGCUUUCAGUAUUCCUAAUUUUUACCUAAGCUCAUUGCUCCAGGCUUUGAUUACCUAAAAUAAGCUUGGAUAAAAUUGAACCAACUUCAAGAAUGCAGCACUUCUUAAUCUUUAGCUCUUUCUUGGGAGAAGCUAGACUUUAUUCAUUAUAUUGCUAUGACAACUUCACUCUUUCAUAAUAUAUAGGAUAAAUUGUUUACAUGUUUGGACCCUCAGAUUCUGUUAACCAAAAUUGCAGAAUGGGGGGCCAGGCGUGUGUGGUGGCUCACACCUGUGAUCCCAGCACUUUGGGAGGCUGAGGUAGGAGGAUCACGUGAGGUCGGGAGUUCAAGACCAGCCUGGCCAUCAUGGUGAAACCCUGUCUCUACUGAAAAUACAAAAAUUAGCCGGGCGUGGUGGCACACGCCUGUAGUCCCAGCUACUCAGGAGGCUGAGGCAGGAGAAUCACUUGAACUCAGGAGGCGGAGGUUGCAGUGAGCCAAGAUCAUACCACUGCACUGCAGCCUGGGUGACACAGUAAGACUGUCUCCAAAAAAAAAAAAAUUUUUUUUUUUUUUGCAGAAUGUGUCAACAAAAAAUACUUUCUUAAUGGCAUUUGUGUUUUAAGAAAAAUCAGUCACAUAGUGUCAGUGUUAAGAAAAGGUCGUAGGUUUACAGGUUGCCCCCAGUGGCCAUACUUUGAAUUGUGAUUCUCACGGGUUUAAAGAUGUGAUUUUUAAAAAAUCAGUGUUUUACCAUCUAGUUAUUUGAUCUUGUCCACUUUUUUGUGUUCAACAGAAGUGUAAAACUGGAAAGCAAAGAAAAAAAGACUAUUUUCAGUAAA